ACUCUCCUUCACGUCUCCUGCAGCAGCAAAGCCGCCGCUGCCGGCCGGCCGUUCGUGUGCGUUGAAACGUCGCACGCAGCUGGAGCCGCCAUUACUGUUCGUGCCGUCUCUCUCCUGUCCUACUACCCAGCUCGAUCCUCGGCUCACCCAUGCCGUGGCCGUCGUCGUCGUGCGGGUGGUGCGGGAGGAGGAGGAGGAGGAGGAGAACGAGAGGAGGAGGCGCGGAUCAUCAUGAGGCCAACGGCGGCGGCGGCGGCGGUGCGGCGGCGUCGAGGGAGCAGGAGGAGCAGUGGAGCCUCUUUAUCGAGCUGCCCGUGCUGGAGGCCGCCACCGCUGGCUUCUCCGACGACAACCUCCUCGGCCGCGGCGGAUUCGGCCCCGUCUACAAGGCAAGCUGGCGUGCUGGGGAAUGGGCAGGAGAUCGCGGUGAAGAAGCUGUCGCUGGAGUCGCGGCAGGGCGUGCGGGAGUUCCUGAACGAGGUGAGGCUGCUGCUGAAGGUGCAGCACCGGAACCUGGUGUCCCUGCUGGGAUGCUGCGCCUCCGCCGGCCACAAGAUGCUCGUCUACCCUUACUUCCCCAAUGGCAGCCUCGACCACAUUCUCUUCGGAGGAAGAGCGUGCAGCUGGAUUGGCCAAAACGGUACCAGAUAAUACUCGGCCUGGCAAGAGGCCUCCUCUACCUCCACGAGGAGUCCCCUGUCAAGAUCAUCCACCGAGAUAUCAAGGCAAGCAACGUGCUCCUAGACGAACAGCUGAACCCAAAGAUCUCGGAUUUUGGCAUGGCGAGGCUCUUCCUCGAGGACGCCACGCAUGUCAACACCUUUCGGAUUUCCGGCACAUAUGGUUAUAUGGCUCCAGAGUACGCGAUGAACGGCUACCUGUCAACAAAGACCGACGUGUUCAGCUUUGGGAUGCUGGUGCUGGAGAUCGUCAGUGGGAGAAAGAACAUCGAUAAACAUCAAGACGCUGAGAAGACCGACCUCCUGAAUUACACAUGGAAGCUGUCAGAGGAAGGGAGGCAGAUGGAGAUCGUGGACACGGCGCUGUCGGAGUGGGACGCCGACGAGGCGCGGCUGUGCGUGCAGCUGGGCCUGCUGUGCUGCCAGGCCGUCGUGUCCGACCGCCCGGACAUGUACAGCGUCCACCUCAUGCUCUCCAGCGACUCCUUCACGCUGCCCAAGCCCGGCAAGCCGGCCAUCCACGGCCGGGUCGGCCGCUGGAUGAGCGCCACCACCACGGCGUCCUCCACCGCCUCCACCACCACCACGGCCGGCACCGGCACCACCACCACGACGACGACGACCAGGGCCGAGGCGGCGCUCGGCGGCAUUGCCGAGGACGACUCCAGGAACUCCAUCUCGAUCUCCUUCACCACCGAAGGCCGGUAGAGUAAAGAUUCAUUUUAGGAUGAUGAAUAGCAAUUUUUGAUCGAAAUAAUGGUGGUGUGAUAUGAAAUAAGGAAUUAGUUUGAUGUAUUUUGUUUGGGGAAUUGUCACGAUGGAAUGGAAGUUCAAAGGGUAGGGGAUGUUAGUUGUGCUGUUUGGAUGAUCGGUGUGGGAAUCACGAGGGAGAUUUUACAAGCAAAUUCCAACCUUUUCAAAGCAUUAUAAAUUCUUAAUUUACAACUGU